AUGAAGCAGCUAAAGGAAGAACUGCAGAGUGAGUCAUUCUGGAGAGCUCUGACUGCUGAAUUCCUGGGUACUGCAGCCUUUGUAUUCUCCAGUGUGGGCUGUGCUCUGCCCUGGGCUGGAAACAGCCCUAGCACUCUGCAGAUAGCUUUGGGCUUUGGUCUAGGAGUGACCACUGUCUCUGUGUUCACACAGGGAGUGAGUGGGGGCCAGCUCAACCCUGCUGUCAGCUUUGCUUUGUUCCUCAGUCUGCGAAUUAGCCCACUUCGGGCUGUACUGUACAUGGCUAUGCAAGGGCUGGGGGCAAUCACAGCGUGCGCCCUACUCUACGCACUUACACCGCAAGAUAUCCGUGGAGAGCUGGGACUUAACAAG